ACCUUUAAAACCGAGAAGGCAUACCGACAUAGAGCAUCACCAAAUUACCCGAAACAAAACUGAACCCAAGAAGGAGGCAAGUUACUAGAUGAAGUCGGUAGGUGGAAGUUUGAGUCAUUUGGCCUUUUCUCAGAAUACAUUGAAUGCUUUAUUAAAACUUUAUCUCAUAACCAAUGUAAAUGCAAAUAAUCAAACGUUAAUCAAUCCAAUUCAGCUUUGAAAAAUCCUCCAAGAAGAAGAGUCAAUAUUGGUUGCGACGGUCCUGUAGAGAUACUAUUAAACAUUAAUGAGAAAGCAGAAAUGCUUCUGUAUAAAUACCAUCACUACUUGUGUCUUAUUUCACCACCUUCACCUUCAACAUCAAACAUCACAUCUCUUACUCAGUCUUCAAAGAGUUUCUUAGUAACCAAAUCAAUGGCAGGUAUCAAAGUUUUCGGACACCCAGCUUCCAUUGCCACCAGGAGAGUCCUCAUCGCCCUCCACGAGAAGAACCUCGACUUUGAGCUCGUUCAUAUCGAACUCAAAGACGGUGAGCACAAGAAGGAGCCUUUCCUCUCCCGCAACCCUUUUGGACAAGUUCCAGCCUUUGAAGAUGGAGACCUCAAGCUCUUCGAAUCAAGAGCGAUUACUCAGUACAUAGCUCACCAGUAUGAAAACCAAGGAACCAACCUUCUCCAAGCCGACCCCAAGAACAUAUCUCAGUACGCAAUCAUGGCCAUUGGAAUGCAAGUAGAAGCUCAUCAGUUCGACCCAGUGGCUUCAAAGCUUGCUUGGGAACAAUUAUUCAAGUCCAUCUACGGCUUGACCACAGACCAAGCUGUUGUUGCAGAAGAAGAAGCUAAGUUAGCCAAGGUCCUUGAUGUCUACGAGGCUAGGUUGAAGGAGUUCAAGUACUUGGCUGGUGACACUUUCACUUUGACUGAUCUUCACCACAUUCCCGCCAUUCAAUACCUGCUCGGAACUCCCACCAAGAAGCUCUUCACCGAGCGUCCACGUGUCAACGAGUGGGUGGCUGAGAUCACCAAGAGGCCAGCUUCAGAGAAGGUUCUGUGAGAAAUUUCUAAAAGGAAAAUAUGGUUUUGCUUCAGUCACAGUAAUAAUGCUAAAAUUAAAUAAGCGGCUACCUCAUUGCCCAAUUUCUCAGUACUUUCUUUCUGUUGUAUCCUCUGUUUUUGUUUCAGUUAUGUGAGUGUGUGUAUGUUCUCGAGAGUAUCUUUGGCAAAAACUAUUUAUCUAAUCUUCAAGCUCUUCUAAAAUAAAUCAAUUAGUUCACUAA